GGGGAGGCGGGCACCGAGGGGCGUCCCCAGUCCCCGCUUGGCCCCCAGGCGUUAGCCAGCGGCGCGUUGGGGGCAAGGCUUGGUCAGGGAAGAGGCGGGGGCCAGGGAGGAGCUGUUGGAGUCCAGUCCUACCCGGGCGCCCGUGCUGCUUAGCCUCCGGGCGGAGUGCGCCCUCGGCCCGCCUGUGGUGUACCCCUAGGAGGGUGUGUUGGGGUACCAGCUGUCCGCUAGGACAGAGACCCCAGAAUGUGGUUUACUUCCCUCUCCCCUGACCCUCCGGAGGGGCGGCUGUUUAGCACAAGGUGGGCCAAGCACUCGGGUUGGCCAGGACCUAGUCACAUGGGUGCACCCAGGUGCAAGGGAGGCUGGGAAACAGCCACCCUCGGGGGCUGCAGGCCCCUGGGCCGCCUUUCACAGCUCAGAGGAGGCAGUGAGGCCGCGCGCAGGGGCGGGAGCCUCUGCCACAGACACAUUCCCCCCCCCCCACCCCCGGUCGGUAUUUCUGACGCUUUGCCAUCUGCGGAGCGCACCGAGGCCGGCGCCGCGCACUAGACUUGCUGUGGCGAUGGGACUGUUUUCUGAUUUGUCCAGUUUGGUCCCCAUGAGCCACUUGAGGCCGUUGAACACUUCCCGUGCGGCUAGUGCAGCUGAGGAGGGGAACUUGUAAUUUUGGCCACAGAUGGCCGGUGGCUACCUUGUCUGACAGGCCCACCUGGGCCGUGGGAUCGAAGGGCGCGUUGCCUGCCCCGCAUCUCGUCCCCCUUUUCUCAUCUCACAAGCCCACGUGUGGUUACCUUUCUGUCCACUGGGACGGUGCCGGAGCGUGAAGGAGUUUGAGAAGCUGAACCGCAUUGGGGAGGGCACCUACGGCAUCGUGUAUCGUGCCCGGGACACCCAGACGGACGAGAUUGUCGCCCUGAAGAAAGUGCGGAUGGACAAGGAGAAGGAUGGGGUCCCCAUCAGCAGCCUUCGCGAGAUCACGCUGCUCCUCCGCCUCCGCCAUCCGAAUAUCGUGGAGCUGAAGGAGGUGGUGGUGGGGAACCACCUGGAGAGCAUCUUCCUGGUGAUGGGCUACUGUGAGCAGGACCUGGCCAGCCUUCUGGAGAACAUGCCAACGCCCUUCUCGGAGGCCCAGGUCAAGUGCAUCGUGCUGCAGGUGCUGCGGGGUCUCCAGUACCUACACCAGAACUUCAUCAUCCACAGGGACCUGAAGGUUUCCAACUUGCUCAUGACCGAUAAGGGUUGCGUGAAGACAGCGGAUUUCGGCCUGGCCCGGGCCUAUGGCGUCCCCGUGAAGCCAAUGACGCCCAAGGUGGUCACUCUGUGGUACCGAGCCCCGGAGCUGCUGCUGGGCACCACCACGCAGACCACCAGCAUCGACAUGUGGGCCAUGGGCUGCGUCUUGGCCGAGCUGCUGGCCCACAAGCCCCUUCUCCCGGGCACAUCUGAGAUCCACCAGGUGGACCUGAUCGUACAGCUGCUGGGGACACCCAGUGAGAACAUCUGGCCGGGCUUCUCCCGGCUGCCGCUGGUCAGCCAGUACAGCCUGCGGAAGCAGCCCUACAACAACCUGAAGCACCGGUUCCCGUGGCUUUCAGAGGCCGGCCUGCGCCUGCUGAACCUGCUCUUCAUGUACGACCCCAAGAAAAGGGCGACAGCCGGGGACUGCCUGGAGAGCUCCUACUUCAAGGAGAAGCCCCUGCCCUGUGAGCCGGAGCUCAUGCCCACCUUCCCUCACCACCGCAACAAGCGGGCUGCUCCCGCCAUGUCUGAGAGCCAGAGCAAGCGCUGCAGGCCCUGAUGCAAGGCCCCUGCUGGUCGGGCUGACGGCUCCCGAGAUCCAACUGGACCCUCGGCCAGGACUCACCAGCUGCUUCAGCCGACCGCUCUGAUUCCUGCCUCCUCACCCACCACUGCCCCCGAACAGCAGGGCGUGCACUGGUGAUGUGGAUGUGGGCACCCUGAGCUGUGGUGGCCACACCUGGGGCCCUACUAGGUUCUGCCUAUUUUCCCGCCCUGGGCUCCUAGCAGCUCCGGAAGCACCCACGGGCCUCAUCUUGGGGGUGUUGCUGGCUAGGGGUGUGUGGAGGGGUUGGGUGUGGGUUGGACCUGGGUCUGGGCCAUGACCACUUGGAGACACCAGAGCAAAUGCCCUCCUGGGGGCAGAGCCCCAGGGGAGGGUACGGUUGGUGCUACAGAAACUGAGAUAAAAGCUUUCCUGACAGA